AUGGGUGGUGCUGCUGCUGGUGCCAUGGAUGCAAACGCGUUUAAUGCUGCAGUGCGAUCUGCACACGACGGUGUUUUUCUCCCAGAGGUUUCCACUUUGACCUACCAAGGUGUCUUCAAUGAGCACAGCUAUCACACUGGGGGACCAGAGGAUACACACCAGGUGGCUGUUGCUGCUUAUGCUGCUCGUGGUCUAGGGAGUCUCGGAGAUCCCGACGAAGUUUGGGUUGCUUGUUUUCUCAAAUCUUGCAGAGAUGGACAACCUCGGGAUCACAUAGCUAUGGACCUCAUCGUUGUCCUGGAUGUCUCGGGAUCAAUGGACUGGUCUGUGGAUAGCGAGCGACUUCGAACGACUGAAAAUUCCCGACUGGCCUUGGCAAAGGAAGCAUUGACCUCCCUGAUUCCAAAACUGCGACCAGAUGAUCGCUUUGGUUUGGCGACCUUUACAAAUGAGGGACGAGUGAUACAACCCCUGGUCCCCGUAGCAGAGCUGCGACAUGAAGAGCUACUGCAACAGAUUCAUGAGCUGCGAGCUGGUGGUGGCACCACGAUUUCAGCAGGCUUGCAAGCUGCGGUGCAAAUUUCCGGCGAGGAAAUGCCCGUGGGUCGACAUCGACGCCUUCUGUUUCUCACUGACAUGGAUGAUAUGCGUCCUGGGCAAUUGGAUCACAUGGUGGCGACACAGUCAGAAAGGGGCCUCUUUGUCUCUUUUGUGGGUAUUGGAAUGGGCUUUAAAGCUGAAUUGGCAGAACAAGUAUCAAAACAUAAAGGAUCAAACUAUUUCUGCAUCACGCAAGAGCACGAACUGCGCAAGACAAUCGUAGAUAACUUUGACUGGAAUUUCUUUCCCGCAGCCUUCAAUGUCGAGAUGACGGAGCAAAGUGAUACCUUGCAGCUGUCUUCUGUUUAUGGCACUCCGUAUGACUUGCGAGACGAACUUGUGGAAGCUGAAUGGAUGCCUGACGUCCAUCGUUUCUAUCCAGAGGAAUUCAAAUCAACAGUUACAACCUUUCUUCUUUGUAUUCAGAGAACAGUCAGUGGAUUGCCUAUGCCUGCCCUACAGUCCAUCUUCAGCUUCCUUUCCGCGGGAGUGCGCAGCGUCAUCCGUGUGGAUACCGUCUUUCCAAGCGGCGUCCAAAGCGACGGUGCGGUGGAUGGUGGGCUCAUUCUGUUGAGGCUCCGUGGCCGCGGCGGUGGCCAAGUGCGGUUGACACUUCGCUACGAGGCUGCUGGCCAGUUUUUCACCAGCUGUCAAGAUGUACUGAUACCCAAAGAUGCAGAAUCUGCGCCGGCUGCAUUGGCAAUACAGAAAGGAGUUUCCCUUCAGCGUUAUGUGGAGGCUUGCAGAGCGUACCUGAUGUUACGAGAUCCUGUUCUCAGCCAUUCUCCAGGAUUUGAGGAUUAUGCGAAUGAAGUGAGACGUGCUUUCAGUCAGCUCCAGGACUUGCAGGAGGAAUUCAGCCAAAAUGCAGCGAAUGUUGACACUCUGUGCCCCGGACUUCGUGAUCAAUUGACGGCUUUCACAGAAAUGGCCGAGAAACAUGCUAAGAGCGCGGAUGCUUUGGAGAUGGAGAACAAGGCUUUGCACCUCGAGGUAGAGCAGCUACAGAGUAAGCGCGAUGAAGAAGUUGGUCGUUUGGAGAAUGAGCGGAAUAAGCUCCGGGCAGCAGUUUCUGAACUGGAGCUUCAGCUUCAGUCUAUGGCGAUCAGCUAUGGGCAGGUUGAACAGAACAACGCCGAGCUCAGGGCUGCACUGGACAGGGCGCAAGACGGCAGUUCCGCUCAAUGA